CCUUCUUGUUUCCACUCCCCCUCCCCUCGGUCGUGGGCUGCAUUCACGCUUCCCCAGGCUCGGGAGGGGGCGGAGCGGCCGAGCGGCCCCGAGUCCGGUGGGCGCCGCGCACCUGUUGUUUGCAGGAGCCCGCGACCUUCCGGGCGGCUCUCUGCGGGCGGAGGAGCGGCGCCGCAGAGCCCACCCGGCAGGUGGCCGCGGGCAGGACGGGGAGCGCGGUGCGCGCGGGCCCGACCACCCCGGCGCCGGGACGCGAUGGCGGCGGCCGAGCCCGCGAGCUCGGGCCAGCAGACGUCGCAGGGCCAGGGCCAGAGCCAGGGCCAGGGCCAGCGUCCUCAGCCUCAGCCUCCCCAAGGGCAGCCUCCGCAGCCGCCGCCGCAGCUCGGGAGCGUCGGGGGCGGCAGCAGCAGACAUGAGAAAAGCCUAGGGCUGCUCACCACCAAAUUCGUGUCGCUGCUGCAGGAGGCCAAGGACGGCGUCCUGGAUCUCAAAGCGGCUGCAGAUACUUUAGCUGUGAGGCAAAAAAGAAGAAUUUAUGAUAUCACCAAUGUCUUAGAAGGAAUUGAUCUGAUUGAAAAAAAGUCAAAAAAUAGUAUCCAAUGGAAAGGUGUAGGUGCUGGCUGUAACACUAAAGAAGUUAUAGACAGAUUAAGAUUUCUUAAAGCUGAGAUUGAAGAUUUAGAACUAAAGGAAAGAGAACUUGAUCAGCAGAAGUUGUGGCUACAACAAAGCAUCAAAAAUGUGAUGGACGACUCCAUUAAUAAUAGAUUUUCCUAUGUGACUCAUGAAGACAUCUGUAAUUGCUUUAAUGGUGAUACACUUUUGGCCAUUCAAGCACCUUCUGGUACACAGCUGGAGGUACCUAUUCCAGAAAUGGGUCAGAAUGGACAAAAGAAAUACCAGAUCAAUUUAAAGAGUCAUUCAGGACCUAUCCACGUGCUGCUUAUAAAUAAAGAGUCCAGUUCAUCUAAGCCUGUGGUUUUUCCUGUUCCCCCACCUGAUGACCUCACACAGCCUUCCUCUCAGUCCUCAACUCCAGUGACUCCACAAAAACCGAACAUAGCAGCUCAGAAUCUGCCUGAGCAACUUGUCUCCGAAAGAAGCCAGAAUCUUCAGCAGAUACCAGCUACAGAAAUAUCUUCAGCAGGAUCUCUCAGUGGAGAUAUCAUUGAUGAGUUAAUGUCUUCUGAUGUGUUUCCUCUCUUACGGCUUUCUCCUACACCGGCAGAUGACUACAACUUUAAUUUAGAUGAUAAUGAAGGAGUUUGCGAUCUGUUUGACGUCCAGAUACUAAAUUAUUAGAUUCUAUGGAAACUUGGGACUGUUAUCUACCUCUAACUGUGUAACAUUUUAGACUUCUUAAUAACCUAAGUAUUUAAAAUAAUGAAUGUAACACCUUUUAGUUCACUGAUUCUGAAGUGUUCUUCUCUAAUACUUUCUUUUUUACUUCACAAAACUUCAACCAUAAAAACAAAGGGCUCUGAUGCCAUAGGGGAAAAAUGAUUUAAUAUCUACCAGCCUCCCCUACAAACAAUUAGUUACAUUUUUGGAUUUUAAUUUUCCUUCAAUUUUGAAUCCUUCUGUUUUCUCCUCUUAUGGAAAGGAAGAUAAAAGUAGACUUCAAGACAUCAAAACAAAAAAUGUUGGCCAAGGGCUAAUCACUGUUUGUCUAGUAUUUUUACUGCCAUGAAACGAUUUCUGAAUAUCCUUCAAUCCAAACAGACAUUCACUGCCACUUAUAAAAUGAAGGAUGUAAAUGAGGAUAUGUAACUGUCUCAGUGAACAGAUUUUGUGAAGUGCCUUCUGUUUUAGCACUUUAAGUUUAUCACAUUUUGUUGACUUCUGACAUUCCACUUUCCUAGAGUAUAGGAAAGAUCUGUUUAUGUAGUUUGUUUUUUAAAUGUGCCAAUGCUUGUACAUUAACAAGAUUUUUAAAAAUAAAGUUGUAUAAAACAUUUAA